AUGAAUGAGCAUAAUGCAGCUAUUCUUGCGUACGAAGGAGUUUCUAAAAAAUCACAAAAUAAGGAUGUGUCUGUGUUAGAAUGGAUUGGUCGUUCUUGUUAUCUUUUGGCUAAAGAAACAAAGAAUUUACAGAAAAUGGAUGAAGCCUUAGUUUGGACCGAAAAGGCCCUAAGACUUGCGCCAACAAACAAACUUAUUGUACAUAAUGUCGCUCUCAUACAACAAAGCAGAGCACAGUUAAUUGGUGAACCAGGAGAGACGCGAUCUUCAGUACAGUUGAUGAGUGCCAUUGCAGAUGUCGAAU